AUGAUUGGUUGGAUUCGCAUAACACAGACGCAUGAGCAACCCUUCUCCAGGCUCUUUAUUGGCGAAAGAGUAUACUCAUCGCGCGUUUAUUGGAAAGUCCCGCGUGCCACCCGCCAAGACGUGGUGCAUCUGUAUGAGCGUGAAGGCGACGAAGACCUUGACCAUUUCGGACCGAUACUGUUAUUUCUCUACAACAGAAUGAGUAGAUCGGUCAGAGUGCUUGUAGAAGAAUUCACACGAACAGCACUGGAACUCUUACGAUUGAUAAGAAAUAUCUACUAUCGUCCUGAAUUCCACGUCGAGACACCGCGCCGUCCCCUGUCACUUUCACAAAGGGAGACCUUUUACGCGUGUAUUACAGCAGGCAUUCUCGACCUAAAAGCUGCGGCCGAGCUGAUUUUCCAGCAGAAACAGUGCAGAGUUCGUGAAUUCGAAAACGGCAUCGAGAAUCGUGAGUUACUCAUCGGAGGGCCUGACUGA